AUGGUUAAAACCAAAAUUAAAUCUCAAGUUCGACAAUAUCUUAACCCUACUGCUACUCCAUUAACUCCUGAAGCAAUCGAAAAAAUAAGGAAUGCUCAUACAAAACAGAUACCAAAUAGAAAACAUAUUAUAUGUACUAAUUAUAAAAUUGGUAGUGAAAGAUAUGAUGAUAUU